CCUCUUAGGUCACUCUUUCAAAGCCUGGAAUAAAAACCACGGCCAACUUCCGAGGCGGUCUCAUUGCCCAGCAGCCCCCAGCCAGUGACAGGUUCCAUUCACCCUCUUUGCCCCUUUCCCCGCGACCCUUUUCCAGAGGCUACUAGAUCCUUCGGUUUCAUCCUGCACAUCAUGGACAAGGGUUGGUGGCACACAGCUUGGGGACUACUUUGCCUCUUACAGUUGAGCCUGGCACAGCAGCAGCAGAUCGAUUUGAAUAUAACCUGCCGUUACGCAGGUGUAUUCCAUGUGGAGAAAAAUGGCCGCUACAGUAUCUCCAGGACUGAAGCAGCUGACCUUUGCGAGGCUUUCAAUACCACCUUGCCCACCAUGGCUCAGAUGGAGUUAGCCCUGAGCAAGGGGUUUGAAACAUGCAGGUAUGGGUUCAUAGAAGGACACGUGGUAAUCCCGAGGAUCCACCCCAACGCUAUCUGUGCAGCCAACAACACAGGAGUGUAUAUCCUCCUCGCAUCCAACACCUCCCACUAUGACACAUAUUGCUUCAAUGCCUCAGCUCCUCUUGAAGAAGACUGUACAUCAGUCACAGACCUACCCAAUUCCUUCGAUGGACCAGUUACCAUAACUAUUGUCAACCGUGAUGGCACCCGCUACAGCAAGAAGGGCGAGUAUAGAACGCACCAAGAAGACAUCGAUGCCUCAAACAUUAUAGAUGAUGAUGUCAGCAGCGGAUCCACCAUUGAGAAGAGCACCCCAGAAGGCUACAUUUUGCACACCGACCUUCCCACUUCACAGCCUACUGGAGACCGGGAUGACGCCUUCUUUAUUGGGAGCACCCUGGCCACCAUUGCCUCAACUGUGUACUCAAAAAGCCAUGCAACAGCUCAGAAACAAAAUAACUGGAUAUGGUCUUGGUUUGGUAAUUCACAAUCCACAACUCAGACUCAGGAGCCCACAACGACAGCAACUACAGCCUUGAUGACUACCCCUGAAACACCACCCAAGAGGCAAGAAGCCCAGAACUGGUUUUCAUGGUUUUUUCAACCAUCAGAGUCCAAGAGUCAUCUUCAUACAACAACGAAGAUGCCUGGUACGGAGUCAAAUACCAACCCAACAGGCUGGGAGCCAAAUGAGGAAAACGAAGAUGAAACAGACAAAUACCCCAGUUUUUCUGGAUCAGGCAUUGAUGAUGAUGAAGAUUUUAUCUCCAGCACCAUUGCAACUACUCCAUGGGUUUCUGCCCAUACAAAACAGAACCAGGAACGGACCCAGUGGAAGCCAAUCCAUUCAAACCCAGAAGUGCUACUUCAGACAACCACCAGGAUGACUGAUAUAGACAGAAACAGCACCAGUGCUCAUGGAGAAAACUGGACCCAGGAACCACAGCCUCCUUUCAAUAACCAUGAGUAUCAGGAUGAAGAGGAGACCCCACAUUCUACAAGCACAACCUGGGCAGCUCCUAAUAGCACAGCAGAAGAAACAGCUACCCAGCAGGAGAAGUGGUUUGAGAAUGAAUGGCAGGGGAAGAACCCACCCACCCCAAGUGAAGACUCCCAUGUGACAGAAGGGACAACUGCCUCAGCCCACAACAACCAUCCAAGUCAAAGAAUGACAACACAGAGUCAAGAGGACGUUUCAUGGACCGAUUUCUUCGACCCAAUCUCACAUCCAAUGGGACAAGGUCAUCAAACAGAAAGCAAGGAUACAGACUCCAGUCAUAGUACAACCCUUCAGCCUACUGCGGCUCCAAAUACCCAUUUGGUGGAAGACUUGAACAGGACAGGACCACUUUCAGCGACAACUCCACAGAGUCAUUCUCAGAACUUCUCUACAUUACCUGGAGAGCUGGAAGAAGACGAAGACCAUCCAACAACUUCUGUUCUGCCAUCUAGCACUAAGAGUGGUGCAAGAAGAGGUGGAAGUCUUCCCAGAGAUACAACUACUUCACUGGAAGGCUACACCCCUCAAUAUCCAGACACAAUGGAAAACAGGACUCUCUUCCCAGUGACCCCUGCUAAGACUGAGGUCUUUGGAGAAACUGAAGGGACUGUUGCUACUGACUCCAACUUUAAUGUGGAUGACUCCUUACCAGGUGAUGGAGACUCAUCCAUGGACCCCAGGGGUGGUUCCGACAUGGUGACUCAUGGAUCCGAAUUAGCUGGACACUCAAGUGGGAAUCAAGACAGUGGAGUGACCACAACUUCUGGUCCUGCGAGGAGACCUCAGAUUCCAGAGUGGCUUAUCAUCUUGGCAUCCCUCCUGGCGCUGGCUCUGAUUCUUGCCGUCUGCAUUGCUGUCAACAGUAGGAGAAGGUGUGGGCAGAAGAAGAAGCUGGUGAUCAACAGUGGCAAUGGAACAGUGGAAGACAGGAAACCAAGUGAACUCAACGGGGAGGCCAGCAAGUCUCAGGAAAUGGUGCAUUUGGUGAACAAGGAACCAACAGAGACUCCGGACCAGUUUAUGACAGCUGAUGAGACCCGGAAUCUGCAGAGUGUGGAUAUGAAGAUUGGAGUGUAGUGCCUAUGCCACUAACUUGAAAAGACACAACAAUUGGAGACAUGUCAUUACUGGGAGCUGGGACCCUUAACAGAUGCAAUGUGCUACUGAUUAUUUUUAUUGGGGAUUAUUUUGGGCAUAAAAUUUCCUUUUUUUGUUUUUUAAAAGUUUGUUUUUCAAUUUAUGAAAAUAGCAUUGCUUUCUGAAAUGAGGGUCUCUUCCAGUUCCUCCUUAGAGGCCUUGCAUUAUCAGGGUAUGCUACCAUAGGCUUCUACCAAAUGAAUACUCUUGGUCCCGAUUGAACCCAAAGUCCCAGGUAACAUCCACCAGCUAAGGAUUUUCCCCAGAACUUAGAGAGAUUGGCCUCUGGGAGGAAAUUUGAAUGGGUCCAUAUUGCCUCCCAGCAGUCCAAUCUGUAGGCAUUGCUUUGCAGUGGAUGGGAGAUCAGAUGUACUGGUUACACACUCUCUUUAUAGACUCCCUUCUGCUGGAAAAUUUCCACAUUCUUCUGAGAGAUCCCCAAAGGGUGACGCUAUUUAUCUUUAGUAAGCUAUUUAUCUUUGUUUUUGAAAUAUCAAACCCUGGAGGUCCUUUUUUCAGUAUGACUUUUUUUAUUUUGUUUUGUUUUGUUUUUUUAGGUUACUUUGUCAGAAGCAUAACAGGGUAUAAGUUGAUUCAUAAUAAAUACCUGUCCAUCUUCCAUCUUGACCUGUUGUGCUGUGAUCCUUCAGUUUCUAAAUCAGCAAGGUCUGAGUCUUUGUAGCACAUCAAUGUGACCUUAGUAUGGUCCUCCUAAACUCAUGUUAGAGCAUCCGUGCCCUGCUUGGGUUCACCCAGCUGAAUCUCAGAAGAUCAAGGACAGGAGCACUGUUUUCAUUCUAGGGCUAUCAAAGAGGUUUCUCUCCUGUUCAAGAAUCUGAAUUGGGAGUAGGAGAGCUUCAGUCCCUUUUGUGUUUUGAUAACCACCCAUUUCUCUUUCUUAAAGGGCACAUUAAGUUUUUAUAUCUUACAACAUUUGCGGUCCUGUUUCAUAGACACUGAUCUUAUUGGCACUUUCACAAAACAGUGUGGAGGGGACUUCUGACACCUUAUAGUAAAAGGAGAAGCCAACAGAAAUGAAAGUGUGGGCAGAGAGCAGUAGAUUGGCAUGAGGAGGCGUGAUGUACCACCCCCAGACCACUCUUUCCAUCGCCACAUUUGUUGAUGCUUUCGCAAGCCAGUUGGUACUUGGAAUCAGUUCCCCAGGGAAUCCUUCAAAAAGCCAUAAGAAUGCCCACCCCUGGAGUCUUACCACCACCAGAUGAGCAGGUCUAUGGUUUAGCAAAAGGAGAAUGCUGUCACCCUCUGACCUCAUAGUUUUCACAUACUGGGCAAGUGUUCAUCUGUCAGGAUGCCCCAUUGCUCCUAGGUCUUCCCAGGUACCUUGUAGAAGAACUUAAAUCUAUAAAAUAAGGCUUUCUCUAAAAUGGAACUUCCUUUCUAAGGCUCCAUUUUUACUGUUGACUAAAUUUAUAUGUUUAAUAGUUUUUUUUUUCAAAUAAAAACAAACACAAAAAAGGAGAAAAUGUUCCCACCUGAAUCAGGUUUGAGUGGAUGCGAAGGCUUUGUUUAAAGGAGAUACACAGACUUUCCGAUGCUCAUUGUGACCCUCAGCUCUCCUUUCAAACAUUCCAGCCUCUCUCCUUCCCUGCCCAGCUCUCUCACAGGGCCUGGCUUUCAGAUUUUCUUUCUCUUUCUCUGUGAAUACUCUUAGCCAGUUCCAUAUUUAGACACCCGGUUUUCUUGUUCGAAUAGACACUAGAUGAUUCUUCGCUAUUCUCUACUGGUAUUAGAAUGGUCCCUGUCCUUAGAGCUGUCCUGGUCUACCACACUCACAUCAGGCUCCCUGGGGCUCUUUAACCUGUAUACAGCAAGCUACUCUGGGGUCUGUCAAGCGCUCUAAGACCCCUUGAUGCCUUUUGAGGGCACACAAGAAGGGUCAUGGAAGAUUCAGGACCAGAGAUGAGUCUAUGUCUAUUCUAGAAAUGUCCACUAGCUGGGUUGUGGUAGGAUAUUGUUUGCCAUGGUGAUGAUGAUUCUGGUAGCACAGUCUGACUUUGUGUUACUUCUGCCAAUGGCUUGCCAGGUGAUAUGAGCUAAGUCAUUGAACUGAGGUCCUGUUAGUAAAAAUAACAGGCUGGAAUUUAGUGAUUUUGUAAAGUACUAGGAACAUGUAAAGUGUUAUAUUACCACCAAUUAUAAAUCUCUCAUGUAUCUGAAGGCUUUCCUUCAGUUUGUCUUGGGUUAAAAUCAAAUGAGGUGAAAUAUAACUUCAUGUCUAUAGUUUGUAUGUUCUAGCUAGAUAAAAUGAAUGCUUCCAGAAGAACCUUUAAAAAGCUUUAUAUUGACAUCCAUAACACCAAGAAGUGGCCUUUUAGCUAAAAUCCAUCCAAGACUGUCAUAGGAAAGUAGAAGAAACAGCCACUUUUUUAGAAAAGUAAAAUGUUCAUAAGAACAGGGAUUGCCCACUAUGAUGUCCUGUGUCUUUGUGUAAGUUCUGUGUUGACUUUUUAACAAUAGUCAAUUGUUAGGUAUGUAUAAUGAGUUUUUCUAUUGUUCCUUUGAUUUUUUUUCAGAGAUCAUCCUCUUCUUUUCUAGUUUUUGUAUAUUUAUUGAUUGACUAAUAAUAAUGAGGAAAACAUGAUGUGUAUAUUACCCAGUUGAAAGUGUGUAUUGGAAAAUAUUAAAAGGUCAUAAGAAAUGGAA